GGAAGCUGCAGUCAAGCUAGCUGAAACGUCUGUUUGCUAAAAGUUCUACUACACAAAAACACCGACUGUUUUUUAAAAUGUUUAUUUAUUGUGUUUUUUACGAUAACAUUUUCAUAAUUACUCGUUACCCUGUCAGAAAUGUGUUCUCCCCAAAGAGUGCCAUCGCUGAAAAACGUUCCCUGUUUAAGCUCAUGUUUUAUUUUGAGAGCGAAAAUACAACCGGAGGGGCCAUGACAAAUCGUUUCAUCGCAGCUGACUUUACACCGGCUGAAAUAGCACGUAGCAAUCUACGCUUUACUGACGGAAAGUGUUUUGCAUCAGAAGACAGAUACAACACUGUAACUGCACGUCAACUGAACGGGUCCGUUUACCAAAGCUGGCGCCUACAAGCUCCUGAGGAGCUGUGCUAGUCUCUUACCUGAUCUGACACUCCAUCCUCAUCAUCAUCACAUCUACUGAUCCACUGACCUGCCAGCAUGGCUAACACAGACUCAGUCAGUGUGCGGGUCUUCUCUCUGAACUGCUGGGGAAUCCGCUACCUCAGCAAGCACUGUCCUCAGCGCUAUGCCAUGAUUGGAGAUCUGUUGUGCAAGGAAGAGCAUGAUAUUGUCUUACUGCAAGAGGUAUGGAGCGAGAAAGACUAUUUGUCCUUGAAGAAGAAACUUGCCUGUAGUCAUCCUCACUCACAUUACUUUAAAAGUGGAGUGAUCGGCAGCGGUCUGGCCAUUUUCUCCAAAUACAGAGUCCAUGAUACUUUUGUGUAUCGUUACUCGCUGAAUGGGUAUCCCUACAUGGCUCACCAUGGAGACUGGUUUGGAGGUAAAGCUGUCGGGCUGGCCGUCUUGAACAUUGGUAGCCUGACUGCAAAUGUCUAUGUUACUCAUCUGCAUGCUGAGUACUGCAGGGACAAAGACUCCUACCUACCUCACAGAGUGGUUCAGGCCUGGGAGCUGCAGCAGUUCAUUCGCCACACCUCUGCUGGAGCAGAUGUGGUGAUCUUAGGUGGUGACCUUAACAUGCACCCUCAGGACCUUGGGAACAGACUACUGAGGACUUACACUGGACUCAAAGACUCUUUUUUAGAGACUGCUAAGUUUGAAGGAUGUGAGGAUGGUUUGACUCUAAUAGCCGACAACCCUUUCAUCACUAUAAAAGAGCUCGGUCCCUUCGAGAAGGGAAUUCGAAUCGACUACAUCCUCUACAAGGGUUCCCCAAAAUCGGACAUCUCUUGUAAUUUCAUGUGCACUACUAAAGGCUCCGUCCCUGACCAUCCGUUCCCGUACUCUGACCAUGAGGCUCUGACAGCUGAACUCAGACUGAAGACACAAAGUGUAACUGAUGCAGGAAGCGACGGCCAAUCAAAGAAGCAGGACUCUGCUGCAGAGAAGGUGGCCGAGCUGGUUGACAUUGUGACGGAGGCUCGUACUGAAGUGAAGGUGGGUUUACACUGUGCAGAGAGGAUGCGCUACACGGCAGCACGCACUGGAGUGAUGGGGUUAGCUCUGCUGAUUCUAGAGCUGGCCAUCGCUGCCGUGCCCUGGCUGGCUCUGGGAGCAGAGCAGCCUUUCCCUCGCACCUCCUUCUACCUGCUGGCUGCGCUCUGCUUCGCCAUCCUGCUGACCACCACUCUGCUGUACAUCUUCUACACCAUGGAGCUGAAAUCUCUGCAGGGGGCCGAGGACCAGAUGAGGCUGGCUGUUGGAAGUCUGCAGGAGAAACUCCGGGGUUUUCCUCUGGCUCAGCCUCACAAUCCUCAGAGGAGAUCCCCAGAAGGCCAGGAACCUAAAGCCUUUGACCCAGAGGAAUAAAUGAAGAGCCAAGUGGGUCAAAGUGGGCUAUCUGAAGGAAGCCUUUGAAGAGAGCUUUAAGAUGAAUGUUUAAAGGAGCCAUUUAUCCUCUGAAUGUAUUUUAUCCUCUUAAGAUUUAGGUUUGUGCUGCAGAAUGAAGGAGCUUUUGAAGGACUUUCUGAGAGUAGUGCGGGGCACAUGCUUCUACAUAUUUUUUAUACUUUUUAUAUACUCAUCUUUAGCCUAUUUUAACCUCUAGAGUUCCCUUUAUGCACCUCAGCAUACAUGCUGCCUGUCACAUGGUUUACUUCUGUGCUACUGCUCCUCUUUAAGGCCACAAAUGUGAUGAUGUGUUAUUUUUAAGCCCCAAGUCCCACUUUGCAUUCCACCCAGUGGUAGUUUGAGCGGGACCAGUUGUUUCUGUUUUUAAUUCCGGUAUUCCCUUUUGUGAAUUAGAGAGUGCACCAACCAAUCAGAAUGGUUACAGAUUGCUCCCGUAUUUACCUUCAGACAGUAGGUAUCCUCUGCAGGUGAGACAACGACACUCCCACAGUUGUAGUUGAACUUUUUGGUCAGUAACGGUUUGUUUAGUAACAUUUUAAUGUUUUCUGCAGGACAGAUCACUGAGAGCUCCCAGUAGCACUUAAACGCACCAGUGUGGAUUUUACAGUGUACUAUAGAGUAGGAAAAAGGACAGACUCACUCCUCAUACUUCUGUUAUCUCGUCACUGUAAAGUAUCUUCACGUUAGAGACAAUCUACACUCUUCUCUGAAAGUCUAGCUGUGGGAAUGCACUUAAGUCUUACACACUUUUAACUUUUGACCUUUUUGGCCUGUUUUACAAGAUAUCAUGUACUGUAGAGAAAUUAUUAUUGCUUAUUAUGUCUUUAGUGUGCAGUGCACUCACUUGACUAACCAGAUAAACCACUUCCUUUUACGUGUGCUUAGAAAUGAUUUACUGUUCUGUGUUGCUUUAAAACAGUGCUAUGACUCAUCAAGAGCCUAUUAAUGAAGGAUGAUUUUGAAAUUUAAUUCUUAACUUUAAUUCAUAAUGUUCAUUCCAGUUGUAAAUUGUGAUGGGCAUUAUUAUGAAAGCAAUAAUAAAGAAUUUAUUCCCAUCUC